CUCACCGAAGAGACUGCAGUGAAACAUUGCUUGAGCUGUAGCAGUACGCGCUGCACGUUAGCCUGUUUAAAGAAAAAAAAUAUCUUUGGUCAUAAAAAAAAAUAAAAAGGCGCGAAACGUGUCUCAUUUAUUUUUUCUUUUUAUUUUUAAAUAUUGUUUUUCUAAAUAGUUCUAUGCUUAUACAAUAAUGGAGAAAUUUCAAAUACAAAUGUUAUUGGUGAUCUUCGCGGCUGUGAUCGCGCAAAGUACAUCGAACACAAAUAUGUUCGGUGGCAGGUGUUCCCGGAGAGACCCUAACGUGGACGCGUGUCUUUUGCGCAGCUUCAACAGCCUCAUGGAAUACAUGAAGGGAGGAGCACCCGAGCUCGAUAUCGAAGAGUCUGAACCAAUAGUAAUUGAUGAGUUAUCGAUUGCACUGGGCAACGGACCUGAUGGUUACCGCGCCACCUUCAAGGACAUCCACGCCACUGGUGCCACCAACAUGACCAUCACUAAUGUGAGAUCAGAUUUGGAGACACACCAGUUCCAAAUGACGCUGUUCGGGCCCCACAUCAGUGCUCGUGCCCGCUACCGUUCCUCUGGCGUGCUGCUGUUGGUGAGGGCUUCUGGUGGCGGUGACUACUGGGGCGAAUACGAUGGCGUGAAAGCGAAGGUGUACUUCCGCGGAGCGCCGUACACGCGCGGAGGCCGUACCUACCUGCAGCUGCGACAGCUAAAGCUUGACUUCUCUGUUAGAGACAUACAGAUGGGCGUCGAGAACCUACAGAAUAGUAACUCUGUUCUACAGGCAGCAUUAAACCUGUUCAUCAACACCAACGCACAAGAACUGCUGAAAGAGAUGAAGCCGGAACUGAAGAGAGAUCUAGCCGACAAAAUGUCACGGUUCUUAGAAAGGAUCCUAGAGAAAGUACCUUACGACGAUUGGAUCGUGGACUAACUUGACAAUCUCUAAUUUUGAGCUCUAAGUAUAUUGGUGCUAGUGAUAUUAUAGAAAUAUACUUUUAUAGUAUUGUAAUCGAUGAUUAAAACACAAAAUGUUGAUGACAGAUUAGUGUUUGAUCUAUUGUUCAAAUAUCUAAUUAUAUUUCGAAACAGUAAGAGCAUAUGAUUAAGUUUGCAU